UUCCUGUAUCCUUUUUGCAACAGAUCUGCAGAUACACGCAUUUCAUUGCUGGAACAUAACAAAUAUUUUUAUUAACAGUUUUUCAACCAUAAGUUUUAAGUUUAUUUUCUGUUGUUGCUGUAUUGCUUUUUCAGCACAAGAUUCAAACUGCAGAACUGGGAAUUUAAAUGAUGAAGAUCAUAUUGGCAAUUCUUGGGCUUCUGGUGGCAGUUGAGGCAACUCCCCAUAUUGUUGCAUCGUUCUCACCAUCUUUCAAGGAGAUUGUUGAUCAUGUUAACUCGCUAGGAACAACCUGGAAAGCUGGUCAUAACUUCGAUCCACUCCACUAUACCCCUGACACAAUUGCUCGUUGGUGUGGAACAAUUAUGGGAAAGAGAAUAUUGCCAUUGCAAACUGAAAAAACCAAAAUUCACGCCACUGAUAUCCCUGAUGAUUUUGAUGCAAGAAAACAAUGGCCAAAUUGUCCAUCAAUCAGAGAAGUUCGAGAUCAGGGCAAUUGUGGUUCAUGCUGGGCAUUUGGAGCUGUAGAAGCUAUGUCUGACAGGUAUUGCAUUGCAAGCAACGGGAAGCAUAUUGUCGAGGUAUCGGCAGAAGAUUUGUUAACUUGCUGUGGUAUUGAGUGCGGCAACGGAUGCAAUGGAGGAUUUCCACAAAUGGCAUGGGAAUAUUGGAAGAGAAAUGGAUUGGUAACUGGUGGAUUAUAUGGUACUACAACAGGAUGUUUGCCUUAUGAGAUCAAACCAUGUGAACAUCAUAUAAAUGGUUCCAGACAACCAUGCUCUGGAGAAGAGAACACACCAAAAUGUGUAAGAACGUGUGAAGGGGAUAAAUCAAUAGACUACAAAUCCGACAAGCAUUAUGGGGCCAGUGCCUAUGCUAUAUCUGAGGAAGUUGAAAAAAUCCAAAUGGAAAUCAUGACCAAUGGUCCUGUUGAAGCUGCAUUUACUGUGUAUGCCGAUUUCCCGACUUACAAAUCUGGAGUGUACAAGCAUGUGACAGGAAAAGAGCUUGGUGGUCAUGCGAUUAGGAUUUUAGGAUGGGGUGUGGAAAAUGGCACUCCAUACUGGCUGGUGGCAAACAGUUGGAACAACGAUUGGGGCGAUCAUGGAUUUUUCAAGAUCCUUCGUGGUAACAACGAGUGUGGAAUUGAAGGAGAGGUGGUUGCUGGUAUGCCCAAAAUAUAAGAAGGAAACAGUAUUUUGACAUUUCGAUAAGAUUUUUUUAUGCUGAUUUAUCUGGAUUGUUAUGUUAAUCAAAUUAUGCAUUAAAGACUCCCAUUAUCUAUUUUUUCUGAUCUGUAUUUCCAAUGCCUUUCAUGUUGUGGCAUUUGACUGUAAAGAUGCCGAAUCCUUGUCUCUGUCCCCGUGUUAAUUAUUGUUGAUUAUUGUAUUAGUAAUACCAUUGUUAAUGCUUUUUUGGCAUGAAGAAGUUCCUUUAACUUUCAGGUCUUGAUUUUCUAACAUUUACAAAAAGUUCACUUUAUAUUUAGUGCAAUCGUUUUUUUUUUGCAGUCAGUUUUGUUGAUUUCUAUGUAGUUGAUAUCUGUGUGUAUAAUUUCUCAUAGUUCACCAGUAUUAAAUCAGUUCAGCAACAUUACUGAUA